AUGCUCCCUGGAUUAACACCUCAACAGAUCAAUGAAGAUCCAUCUGCUGCUGAAGACGUGGCGAAUGACGCGACAGUAGUUGCUGCUCUUCUUUGUAAUACAUCAUUGAUUGGUAUGUACCGCAUUCAAGAGCACUCACGGCGACGUGCUAAGGACAUGGUUGAGCAUGGAAAAAUGCUGGGGCGAUUAAACACGGAGAAGUACCGUCCACUUCAGGAGGACGUGGAGUUAGCAAGAUGGUCUUUGCACGAGACCGUCGAGGGAGGGCGAGACGCAUUGCAGCGAAUGCAUCACUGUGUGGGACGACUUAUUGCCGCCACACAGAACACAGACACCACAAAAGUGUUGUGA